AUGGUAUCAUUCUACGAAAAGGUUUCACAAAUCAUGCCUCGAAAUUGGAGAUAUCAACCACUGGCAAAUCACGAGCAAGAAGAUACUCAAAAACAGAAUAGUCCCAGGCACAACUCUUGUCUCAUCGGCAUCUGCCUCGCUGCAGUCUCAUUCUUGGGCAUCAUCAUCUCGUGGGGAAUCUCAUUGACGACAGCUCCAACAAAUUGUAUACACCCGUUGAGACGAAUGGAGUGGAGGGAACUGAACAAAACACAGAGGAAAGACUACAUCGGCGCUGUUGUCUGUCUCACUGAGAAAGAAUCGCACUUUGAGCGAGGGAGUAGUCGCUAUGAUGACUUUGCAUAUAUGCAUGUCUUCGAAGGCACUGUCACUCACUAUGCCGCUUCAUUCUUACCCUGGCACCGAUACUUUAUCCACAUAUACGAAAAGGCAUUAAUAGAGGAGUGCGAUUUUCACGGAUCCUUGCCGUAUUGGGACUGGGCAUUAGACGCCCAUGACCUUGUCGCCUCUCCGAUCUUCGAUCCUAUAGAUGGCUUCGGUGGCAAUGGUACAGACAGAAACUCUUUACCCGAGAUAUUUGGGGGCCAUUGUGUUACUGAAGGUCCCUUUGCGAAUGCAACCCGCCACUGGCAGUCAAAGUCCAAUGGUCAUGGAUUCGAUAUCUUGAAGAAUCCUCACUGCCUCAGCCGAGGAUUUCAAGGGGGUGAGGAAAAGGUCAAGUUGGAGAAUCGAGUCACGAUGGACGCUAUCAACAGUGUGCUGAGCCUCCAAUCAUACGAAGAAUUUGUUGAUGCGCUCGAAGUUCAAGCUCACAACUCGAUACCUCAGUUUGUGCGAGGGGACUUUUACGGGUUGACCGCACCAAACGGUAAGAUCACAAUUGCGUCUUCCGUGCAGUAG